UGCAUGGCAAAGCACAGACCACCACCACAGAAUCCACCCGCCCGCUUGAAAUUUUUAACAAAAGACCAUCGCGACCUUCAACGCCUUCUCCCCCUCCCAUCCUGCUAGCUUGUCCGUCCUCUCAGCAUCAAGCCCAUCACCGAGGUAUGUGAAAGUUAAACAAUACCGUCACAGUCGCGUUGCGAUGACGACGAGAACUACGACUCUGGAGAAUGUCCUCAACAACUGGAUAAUGCCCUUCGCAAAGGCCCAGGAAAGCAAUCAGACCGCGCUGGUGAAAGGCGACGACCACUGAUACGCUUCUCCUCGUCGGCAACUGAGCGGGCAGAACCCUUGGACACCUUUACUGCGUUGUUCCAGAGGGCACUCUCCAUGCUCACGGGGCCUCGAAGGCUAACAUACAUGGAUCUGGCAGAUACCUCUGAUCCCAUUCCCGAUUUGAGAAUCUCCUCGAAAAAACCGUCAAGAUGGUCCGCACUUCCGUUCUCCACGAUGCCCUCAACAGCAUCAACAACGCCGAGAAGGCCGGCAAGCGCCAGGUCUUGAUCCGCCCUUCCUCCAAGGUCAUCACCAAGUUCCUCCAGGUCAUGCAGAAGCACGGCUACAUCGGCGAGUUCGAGGAGGUCGAUGACCACCGCUCCGGCAAGAUCGUUGUCCAGCUCAACGGCCGCCUCAACAAGUGCGGUGUCAUCUCUCCCCGCUACAACGUCCGCCUCGCUGAGCUCGAGAAGUGGGUUGUCAAGCUCCUUCCCGCCCGUCAGUUCGGCUACGUCAUCCUCACCACCUCUGCUGGUAUCAUGGACCAGGAGGAGGCCCGCCGCAAGCACGUCUCCGGCAAGAUCAUCGGCUUCUUCUACUAAGCGGAUGGUUCUCGCUAAAAGUCGGGAAUGAGGAGGAUCUCUAGCGAGGCAUGCUUUGGGUGUUUGGGGAAGUCGAUGGGAGGAUGAUACCACCGUCGGGUGUCUGCAAGUAAUAUUGCAGCAUAUAACCCACCCCAAGAAUUGAAGAGCUGGUUCCUCCAUCCAUAUCUGUCCAACCUGACUCUAAAUGCGAGUGAUGUGAUGAAAUGGAAUCUCUAGAGUAGAUGAGUGUGACCUGAUAAAAUUGAGUAUGUUGAGGAGUUGAAUGUUGAGUCUAGACCAAACUCUUAAAGCGUUUUUGAGUUGAGAUAGAAGUGUAGUUUUGGCGUAGCACAUAAAGUUUCAGACAGGAGGAAACACGAAGCCGGGAAGAGUCUUUUUACCGCCACUGUUUUUUUUUAGCAGCCGCAUCACGUUGACAUGGG